GUUCUCGCGAUAACUGCCGAGGACGCCGGGCUCGGGGCGCCCGCGGCUUGCGUUGAAAGAUGGCGGGCGGCUGGGACCGCAGCACUAGCAUGACUAUAUGAAGGGCGAGGAAGGUUUUUCUGAAGAUGAGGCGACUGAAUCGGAAAAAAACGUUAAGUUUGGUGAAAGAGUUAGAUGCCUUUCCCAAGAUCCCUGACAGCUAUGUGGAGACGUCAGCCAGUGGGGGUACAGUUUCUCUAAUAGCAUUUACCACUAUGGCUUUAUUAACAAUAAUGGAAUUCUCAGUGUAUCAAGAUACCUGGAUGAAGUAUGAAUAUGAAGUAGACAAGGAUUUUUCUAGCAAGUUGAGAAUCAACAUAGACAUUACCGUUGCCAUGAAGUGUCAGUAUGUUGGAGCAGAUGUCCUGGAUUUAGCAGAGACCAUGGUGGCAUCUGCAGAUGGUCUGUCGUAUGAGCCCGCAGUAUUUGACCUUUCACCCCAGCAGAGAGAGUGGCAGAGGAUGCUGCAGCUGAUUCAGAGUAGGCUUCAAGAAGAGCAUUCCCUUCAAGAUGUGAUAUUCAAAAGUGCUUUUAAAAGUGCUUCAACGGCACUGCCACCAAGGGAAGAUGAUUCGUCACUGACUCCAGAUGCGUGCAGAAUCCACGGUCAUCUAUAUGUCAAUAAAGUAGCAGGGAAUUUUCACAUAACUGUGGGCAAGGCAAUCCCACAUCCUCGAGGGCAUGCACAUUUGGCAGCACUUGUCAACCAUGAUUCUUACAACUUUUCUCAUAGAAUAGACCAUUUAUCUUUUGGAGAGCUUGUUCCGGGAAUCAUUAACCCUCUGGAUGGAACUGAAAAGAUUGCUGUGGAUCACAACCAGAUGUUCCAAUAUUUCAUUACAGUUGUGCCAACAAAGCUACACACAUACAAGAUUUCAGCGGACACUCACCAAUUCUCUGUGACAGAAAGGGAGCGCAUCAUUAACCAUGCUGCAGGCAGCCAUGGAAUCUCUGGAAUAUUUAUGAAAUAUGACCUCAGUUCUCUCAUGGUGACGGUCACUGAGGAACACAUGCCUUUCUGGCAGUUUUUUGUAAGACUCUGUGGUAUUAUUGGAGGAAUCUUUUCAACAACAGGCAUGUUACAUGGAAUUGGAAAAUUUAUAGUGGAAAUAAUUUGCUGUCGUUUCAGACUUGGAUCCUACAAGCCCGUCCAUUCUGUCCCCUUUGAAGAUGGCCACACAGACAACCACUUACCUCUUUUAGAAAAUAAUACACAUUAGCACCUCUUGGGUGGAGAAAAACUUUUUGCCUGAAACAAAUUUUUUUCUAAUAAUAAAAUGUGCAAUAUAUUCAAAGAAAAGAAAAUAUGAGAACCUGGAAACAUACUUAUUUAAAAAAAAGGAAAAAAAAAAAAAAGGAAAAAAAAGCCAAGGGGAAAAACAAACUGAAGCUGUCCUGUAUGUGUUGUGUCUGUUACAAAUGUUCUAGAAGAAAUUAUGCAGCUAACGGGAAAGGCAGCCCAGCCGGAGUGCCAGGUGAAGACAGCGCCUCUGAGAUUCUCUCCCAGCAAACGGACAGCUUGGAGAGCACAGCCUAGAGGAUGGAAGGGAAACCACUUUUAAAGAAAAGGGCAUUGAUAAUGCAAACGUGCGUGCGUCCUUUUGUUUUUAAAAGAUGUCAGAAUAAAAUGUGUAAAACAU